CUGUAGUUGGUUUCAGAUUCCUACUGACUCACGUAGAGCGGGAACGCUUGGACCUCUCGGCAGCGCCGAUCCUUGCAGAGCACAGUCCUCUCGAGUCUCUCGUAAUAGAGCUGCUGAUGUUCGAAAAAGUUUCCACGGUUUCUUCUCUUUUCCUUUUUUAAUGCUUUUGUCCAAUGCUUUUCCUUUCCUUUCUACCGUUAAAUGCUCUCCCCCUUCCCUCGCUGUCCAUCGGAUUUUCCCCCUUUCUUCGCGUUCUCCCUCCAGCUCCAGCCUCGUUUCUGGCUAACGCCUGCUGAUGGGCAGCACUGGAGUCCCUUCCUUUGCUCUCGUGUGAUUCGUCCCCCGGCCAACCAACAGUAUGCGGAAUCCGGCUGCCCUUCUCCCAUGGCUAGUCCUUGUCGGACUGGCCAUCGGCCUGCCGGAGUUCGCUGCUUCGGCUCUGGAGAAGCACAAGAACGCCUACGCCACCAUGAUGUACAUGGGCACUCCGAGGGACUACGAGUUUUACAUCGCUCUGCGCGUCCUGCUCCGCUCCCUCGCCCGCCUGAAAGUCGAUGCCGAUCUCGUGGUCAUCGCCUCUAAGGACGUGCCUCAGAAAUGGGUCUCCGCCAUGGAGAAUGAGGAUGGCGCGAGGGUGGUGAGCGUGGAAAACGUCGAGAAUCCUUACAGGAAUCAAGCUAAUUUCGACAAGCGAUUUAUGCUCACUCUGAACAAGCUCUAUGCUUGGAGUUUGGUUGAGUAUGACCGGGUUGUGAUGCUGGAUUCUGACAAUCUGUUUUUGGACAAAACUGAUGAGCUCUUCCAGUGUGGGCAAUUCUGCGCCGUGUUCAUCAAUCCCUGUAUUUUUCACACUGGCCUCUUUGUUUUGCAGCCUUCGGAAGAGGCGUUCAACGGGAUGCUGAAACAGCUUAAGGAUGGGAGAGAGAAUCCUGAUGGGGCUGACCAGGGGUUCUUAGUAGGUUACUUUCAUGAACUUCUUGAGAAACCUAUGUUCAAGCCUGGGCGUAAUGGUACAAGACAGGAUGGAUACUUCCGAUUGCCUCUUGGAUACCAGAUGGAUGCGUCCUACUAUUAUUUGAAGCUAAAAUGGAACAUACCAUGUGGCCCGAAUAGUGUGAUCACGUUCCCCAGUGCACCCUGGUUCAAGCCAUGGUACUGGUGGUCCUGGCCUGUUCUUCCCCUGGGAUUAACUUGGCACGAGCGGCGCCGGGCCGUGCUGGGCUACGCUGAUGACUUACCUCACCUCAUCUCCCACACUGCAGUCUUCCUCAUCCUCUUGGCUACCGUCCGCCUCUGCCUGUCUCGCAUCUGCAUUCGCCGCACCUCAGACAAGACCGCUGCAACGGCAUUCGCAUCUUCACUGUACCCUUUCAUAAUGAAAUGCUUCCUCUUCUUUCUGAUCCUAGCUAGCAUCACCAUUCCAUUCUUUGUGAUACCCAGGACAGUGCAUCCUUUGCUUGGUUGGACCCUGUACUUGGCCGGGUCAUCUGCAUUCAUGGUGGUGGUGGCCAAUGCUUUCUUCCUGCCAUUGCUUCCUGCACUCACACCAUCAAUUGGGAUAGCUGGUGCCUUGUUUGUGAUGGCAUUCCCUGCAUACAAUGAUGGUGUUGUUAGGGCUCUGGCUAUUUGGGCCUACUCAUUCUUGUCUGCUCCUUUUGCAUGGAGUUCUGUUUCCAGAAUGAUGAACAGCAUUCAAGUAUCAUUUAACAGGGAGGCCAUCUUUGCCAGCAGACCAGGGGAGCUGCCAUUGCCCCAGUUCAUGAAGGUCUAUUAAAUAGUUUGUUAAACCAUGUACGAGACUAAGGUUGGUGUAGGGGUUGAAGAUGAGUCUUUCUUUUCCUUCUUCACUUUUGGAGAUCAAAGACUAGAAACAAUCCAUUGCUUCUGCAAUUCUUCAAAGAAAGAAACAGAGAAAGAGAUAAGGCGGGCACUAUGACCCAUUUUGAAUGGCAAGGGCCAGACCAUCCUUUACUGACAUCAAAUGAUACUUUGUUUCAAGGGUUAGCUGAUGCUAGUAUUUGAUCAUACGAUAUUAGCAUUACCUUCCCCUGCGGAUUUACUCAUGUAUACCAUCUUCACAUGUUGAAAAAUGAACCCUGUUACCUAUAAUUUUAAUGACAAAGAUGUCUUCAUUUCGGUACA